AUUUCUGUGGUCAACACUUAAAAGGUCAUAAGUCGAUUUUGGGCUGUUUUGAUAUUUUUAUGUCAUUGUGUAGGAAAUAGUGGGAUAUAUCGAAUGUUAAAGAAACAUAGGUCGACUUAUAGCAGGAUAUAUUUGAAAAAUGAUGUCGAUAUCUUCAUAAAACUUGAAAUAACUCACUAACAGAUGAUUAAAGUGAUAUAAGUAUACAUAAAAUGAGUACUGGGAAGAACAAAAUCGAUUGAAAAGGAAUAAAUGAACAUAACUCAUUUCGAGCGUUUUCAGAAUUAAAUUUCAUGAUACAUGAGUAUACUUACGACGUUUUGAGCGUUCGAUAUUUGGCGACCUUCAGAAUAUAUAGACUUAUGUCCUUUUCAGAAAUUCAAAUCAUAUGCUCCAGGCGACAUAUUAGUAUCACUUCUUGGUUUUCGCAAGUUUGAGUUGUCUUGUUUUUCGUAUUGUGCUUAGGAGCUUAGGUAUUCAAUGAGAACAUUAUAUUGAAAAAUCAUCUGGUGAGUGGUUUAUUAUUUGAGUACCAAGUAAACUGUGGUGAUUUUGAAAGAUGCCAAGAACAAGAGGAGGCAGGAAUAACAGGACUCAACGAAUUCUAGCUGAGUGUAGAAAAAUGGUUUCAGAAGGUACAAAAUCAAAUGAUGAAAAUAAGGAAAAUGAGAGUAGUACUCUCAGCAGUACUACUUCAGUUGGUUUAGAGAAAUCAAUAUCAUUUGAUCCUCCUGUUCGUAAUGAAUUCCAAACGUUCUUUAAUACUCCUGAAAAUACCGCAUUUAAUAUAUCAACAAAAGCUACUAUUAUAUCAGAAUUCGACGAUGAAACUGAUGUCAAUGGGCAAAUUCUGAUGGAUUUAGAAGUUCCUGUUGUUAACGAUAUAUCCAUUGCUCAAGAUGAAAAUGGAAGUGCGCUCCUAAUACCUGAUGCAAAGAUACUAUUUCCUGCAGAAUCUCUCACAGAGAAUGCUUCAAUACCGACAGACAGAAAUAGUGAUGGUGAAAUACAAAUCCACAUGGACUCGGAAGUUUCUGUUAGUAUUGAAUCAGUCAUGCAAGAUGGAUAUGGAAGUGAACUACCAAUGAAUGAUAGAAAUGUAUAUGAAGAUUCAUCUCUAGGUUUAACACAAACAAUUGAAAAUGGUGACUUUUACAUGACCAAUGAACGAAUGCAAGAAGAGGAUUUGGAAAUUCAAAAUCAAGACAUGAUUACUGAUGAACAUAAACCGACCGACGAUGUGAACAAUGAAGACGAAAAUAAUUCAGAAUAUGACGAUCAUAAUAAUAAUGUGGUUGAUAAAAUGAAAAAACCGUUCAGUAUCCAGAAAGUGAAAACCAGAAAAAGAAACCGAAAUUCAGGAAAGCAAUACGUAACAGCCAAAGGAAAGAUAAAAAAACCUCGAGAAAUGAAACCUCUCCGAACAAAUUGUCGUAACAAGUGCCGUAACGUUCUGGAUGAAGAAGUCAGGCAAACCAUAUUUCGAGAGUAUUGGUCAUUGGGUGAGUAUGAUAAGAGAGUAGCGUUUGUUGCUAGUCUAAUAAGUGCCCAAGAUAAAAAAAUAACGAGAAUGAAAGUGGAGGGUAAGUCUACCAAAAACCGAACAUACUCGUAUGUCUACAGUCUAGAAAUUAAGGGUUCCAAACAUAUCGUCUGUAAAACUUGUUUUUUAAACACCCUUGGUGAGACAGAAAAAUUUGUAUCGGUUGCUCUCUCUAAAAAGUUAUCAACAACUUGCGGGAUAACAGAACCUGACAGAAGGGGAAAACAUGUACCAAGCCACAAAACCCCUCAAUUCAAAAUAAAUCAAGUAAAUGAGCACAUAUUGUCAUUCCCUGCAUACGAAAGUCACUAUUCGGGACGACAUACUAGUAAAAAAUAUCUGGCUUCCUCCCUCAACUUGAGCACCAUGUACAAAUUGUAUUGCGAAAAAUACCCAGACCAACCAGUCUCUAUCAAGAUAUAUUCUCAAGAAUUCCAUAAAACUGGACUGAAAUUCAAGAAACCAAAAAACGAUACCUGCACCAAGUGCGACACUUUACAUUCUCAAUUGAAAAUUGCGAAUAGUGAAGAAGAUAGACGCAAUUUGAAUGAUCAACUGACAAGUCAUCAACUUUCAGCUGAUUUAGCAUAUAAAAGUAAAGAGAAUGACAAAAAGAAGGGUCUGGAUGACCCUUCCGUUAUGACAUACGCUUUUGAUUUGGAACAAGUUCUUCCCACGCCCUAUCUGUCUACUAAUAAGAUGUUUUAUCUGAGGCAGUUAUCAACGUAUAAUCUUACGGUGCACAAUUGUAUUUCUGGAGAAUCUGGUCACUACAUGUGGCCCGAAUCAACGGCUGGAAGAGGAGGCAACGAGGUGGCAUCCUGUUUAUUCAGAUUCUUGAACUCCAUCCCUGAAAGUGUGAAGAUUGCCAAUUUCUAUUCAGACACAUGUGGGGGGCAGAACAAAAAUUUCAUAGUUAAUGCAAUGUACCAAUAUGCACUCAAUUUACAUCCUUCUCUGGAAGAAAUCAACCAUAAAUUUUUGGUACCCGGCCACACUCACAUGGAGUGUGAUGUAGACCACUCUGUUAUAGAGAGAGCAAAAAAAAAAUCACCAUUUGAAAUUCAAGUGCCAAGAGAUUGGUAUCAGUUAGUUCGAAUAGCCAGCAAAAAAAAUAAAUUCAAAGUAUUCGUCAUGGAGUGUGAACACUUCUUUUCCUUCUCAGAAAUGACAGGAAAGGGUCCAUUCCAAAAAAAAUCCUUUAGAAUGAGAGACGUUUGCUGGCUUCGGUACACGAAAGGAAACGAAAAGGUGCAAUAUAAAUUUAGCCUUUCUGAAGAAGAAGAGUUCGAAGAGAUUGGAUUUUUCAGAAAGGGAAAGAAGUUGCAAAAUCUUUCAGGCUACGAAUUAAAUCGAUUAAACAAUGGCCCAAAACCUAUCAACCCUAAAAAAAAAGCAAAUUUAAUGGAAAUUGCCAACCUACUGGACAAAGAUGUUCAAGAGUUUUAUAAAAAUCUUGCAGUUGAAAAAAUCACUGGUUCUACGGCAGAUACAGAUCCGGACAUCGAUCGCUAUUUUUCUGACGAUGAAGAUUAAGAAAAUAAGUGGAUUUAAUUUCUUCAUCAGUAUAUUUCUGACAUAUUCCUGUUUAUUUUGAAUAAAGAAUAUUUUAUUGACAACAGAAGUUUUCAAGAAUAAUUUCUCGAUAACUCGACAUAUGUUCACUUACGCCCUUUUAGGAAUGAAGUCAGUAGAGUUUGACAAAAUAUGUUCACUUAUACCAUUUCGAGCAAAGUAUAAUCGAUGAUUUGGAACGAUUAAGUUGACAUAAGUCCUUUUGAUUGUACGAAAUGUGACAAUCCAAAUAAAUCAAGUGAACAUAUGACUAUUUGAGGAUUCUUUCAACUUGUUUUUCAUGUACAUAUGUGAAUAUAAGCUCCUUUCAUCGUUUUGAAUUCUAUACUCUGCUACACUCGAAAGGGCAUAACUUACAAUUAAAUCGAAAAAUCAUGAUUAUUUCUACAUUUCAUUAGGAAAACAUGAGAAGAAAUCAUUGAUAUAAUAUAAUUGACCCCGAAAUUGGGUACUCUUAUAAUAUACUGAUUUCACAGAGCACAUUGAAUGUUGAUUUACGCUUCACGGCAAAAGUCAAAAUUCUACUUACGACCUUAUGAGUGUUGACCACAGAUUUAU